AUGUCUGCACUCCGAAGGAAAUUUGGGGACGAUUACCAGGUAGUGACAACCUCGUCAAGCGGCUCGGGCUUGCAGCCCCAGGGGCCGGGCCAGGGCCCGCAGCAGCAGCUUGUGCCGAAGAAGAAGCGGCAGCGGUUCGUGGACAAGAACGGCCGGUGCAAUGUACAGCACGGUAACCUGGGCAGCGAGACUAGCCGCUACCUUUCGGACCUCUUCACCACCCUGGUGGACCUCAAGUGGCGCUGGAACCUCUUCAUCUUCAUCCUCACCUACACGGUGGCCUGGCUCUUCAUGGCGUCCAUGUGGUGGGUGAUCGCCUACUCCCGGGGCGACCUGAACAAAGCCCACGUAGGUAACUACACGCCCUGUGUGGCUAAUGUCUACAACUUCCCCUCUGCCUUCCUCUUCUUCAUCGAGACCGAGGCCACCAUCGGCUAUGGCUACCGCUACAUCACCGACAAGUGCCCUGAAGGCAUCAUCCUCUUCCUCUUCCAGUCCAUCUUGGGCUCCAUCGUGGACGCCUUCCUCAUCGGCUGCAUGUUCAUCAAGAUGUCCCAGCCCAAGAAGCGCGCCGAGACGCUCAUGUUCAGCGAGCACGCGGUGAUCUCCAUGAGGGACGGCAAACUCACGCUCAUGUUCCGGGUGGGCAACCUGCGCAACAGCCACAUGGUCUCCGCGCAAAUCCGCUGCAAGCUGCUCAAAUCUCGGCAGACACCUGAGGGUGAGUUCCUACCCCUUGACCAACUUGAACUGGAUGUAGGUUUUAGUACAGGGGCAGAUCAACUUUUUCUUGUUUCCCCCCUCACGAUUUGCCACGUGAUCGAUGCCAAAAGCCCCUUUUAUGACCUAUCCCAGCGAAGCAUGCAAAGCGAACAAUUCGAGAUUGUCGUCAUCCUAGAAGGCAUUGUGGAAACAACUGGUGAGUAA